CCUCCUCUUCCUCCUCCUCCUGCUGCUUAUUACAGCCUGUCAAAGUGCGGGGCUCUACAAAAAAAGAAAGAAAAGAACAAAAAAAAAAGAAAGAAAAGAAAAAACUGAGAAGCGGAGAGGAAGAGGAACACGGCGAGCUUCUUCACUAAAACGUGUAAAAACCGGAUGUGAUUUUUCUCACAUGGAGAUAAACGCGCUUCGAGUUGGAGGAAAAGUGUAGAGUGAUCAGGAUUGUCGUGAUCUCGCGCGCUCGGUGUGUGUGUGUGUGUGUGUGUGUGUGUGUGUGUGUGUGUGUGUGUGUGUGUGUGUGUGUGUGUGUGUGUGUGUGUGUGUUUAACUAUAGAUGAUUUAAUCUGGUUGGGGUUUGAAGAGCCCGGAGCGUCUCAGGGCGCAUGUUGAUUUUUUACCCCCCGUGAUUAGACUUCGGUUUCCACCACCACCACCACCUCCACCACCACCACCACCACCCCGAUGCUCCAGCAGCAGCCCUGAUGUGGGGGAAAAGUGCGGCAUGGCUGCAGGACGAGCUGGAGUCUGGGCUCAACUCUCUGCUCCUGCUCGACUGUCGCUCUCACGAGCUUUACGAGUCCUCACACAUCGAGUCCGCCAUCCAUCUCGCCAUCCCGGGCCUCAUGCUCCGCCGCCUGCGCAAAGGCAACCUGCCGAUCCGCUCCGUCAUCCCCAACGACACGGACAAGGAGCGCUUCAUCCGCCGCUGCAAGAGCGACACCGUGCUGCUGUAUGACGAGAGCGGGGACAGCGGGGCGGCUGCUGCGGGCAGUGCGGGGUCCGUGCUGGGGCUCCUCAUGCACAGACUCCGGGAAGACGGCUGUAAGGCCUACUACCUGGAAGGAGGCUUUAAUAAGUUCCAGACGGAGUUCCCAGAACACUGCGAGACUAAUCUGGACUCGUCGUGUCCGAGCAGCUCUCCUCCCGUCUCGGUUCUGGGUCUGAGCGGAUUAAAGAUCAGCUCCGACGGAUCGGACGGUGAAUCGGACCGGGAGCCGAGCAGCGCCACCGAGUCGGACGGCAGCCCGUUGCCUAGCAACCAGCCGGCGUUCCCGGUCCAGAUCCUGCCCUAUUUGUAUUUAGGCUGCGCUAAAGACUCCACCAACCUGGACGUCCUCGGAAAAUACAACAUCAAGUACAUUCUGAACGUGACGCCCAACCUGCCCAACAUGUUCGAGCAUGACGGCGAAUUCAAGUACAAGCAGAUUCCCAUCUCGGAUCACUGGAGCCAGAACCUGUCGCAGUUUUUCCCAGAGGCCAUUUCCUUCAUCGAUGAAGCUCGCUCUAAGAAGUGUGGUAUCCUGGUGCACUGCCUGGCGGGGAUUAGUCGCUCGGUCACGGUGACGGUGGCGUAUCUGAUGCAGAAACUCAACCUGAGUCUAAAUGACGCUUACGACUUCGUCAAGCGCAAAAAAUCGAACAUCUCACCCAACUUUAACUUCAUGGGGCAGCUGCUGGACUUCGAGCGAACUCUGGGGUUAAACAGUCCGACCUGCGACAACCGGUCGCCCAAAGAGCAGCUGUUCUUCACCACACCCACCAAUCACAACGUGUUCCAGCUCGAUACGCUCGAGUCAACGUGAAAAACACCAAGACCGACAUUUUUUGCCUCCAUGAGAAAGUUUUGAAAUGCAAUUAGUGCAGCGUUCAAUCGUACGAUCUGCCCAGGAAUCGAUUGUGAAAGCAGAACCACAGAAGCCCAGUUUUCGCGUCACGGCAGCGUCUCUUUACUGGUGUUUUAUAAAACAAAGAGGAAACAAGAGACCAAAUGAAACCAGACAAAAACAGCAGAAACUGAUUUGUCACCGAGUUUUUACAACAGCAACAAACUUCCUGUCCUGAUGGGUGCCAAUCUGGAAUUUUUUUAUUUUUUCAUUUACGUCUUUUUAAAAACAGGAUCUCGGGAAAGACGACUCGCUCGACUAAAUGUAGGGUUCGAGAUUUAAAAAACAAACAAAUGUAAUAAAUGUAACAAAGACAACAUGAAAAUGCCAUACGUUUGGACCAACAGCGAAAAAUUUGUAAAAAAUUCCUGAUUGUAUCUGACCAAUGAGAACGGUGUGAGUUUUUUUUUAACGGUUUGUUUUGACCUAAUGCGCUUUGCACAGAGGAAGUCUUUUACUCUCAUGGCACUUGAAACUGGUAAACAAACAAAAAGAGACAUUUCGAGGUCGUUGAGGUCGUUAACAAACGGCUCUUAACGGACUUCCUCGCUUCCUUCCUAAUGAACAUGUUUGUUUCUUUACUGACUCGUGCUCAGGCUCUUGUUAGCGUUCGGUAUCAGAACCUGAUGUAUCGGAGCGCGUGCUGCUCGGCUCGGCGUGACGCUGCUGGUAGACGAGUGUUUAAGAGGUUUUUUUUACUUCUCUGGUCGCUCCUGUGUUAACGGGACGACAGAAAGUGUGUAGCGAGAUCGUUUCUGCAGGAAGGAACGUCGGAUGGGAGUCGAAGGGACAUGGAUGAGUGGGUAGGAUUGCUUUACCGGCCUUAUAUAACCUUUUUUUUUUUAAUUCUUUCUUAUUCUGACUGUUCAGUACUUAUUUGUAUCUCACUUUAGAAAUUGUCAUAAACUUAUUAAAAUCUAAGUGUUCAUUUGUAAAGGAACCAAUAUGUAGUAAUAAUGACAGCUAAUGGUCUCUAACGGGUCAGUCCACGUUGUGUUUGUUACUUCUGCAAUAUUAUCACACAAACUUUGCAGUAUUUUAUACAGUUGGGGAAAAAAAAACACCUCGGUUUUUAAUUCCUCUUUUCUACGAGUAUUUCACAAUUUCACACUAAAACCUACCGCCAGUUUCUCAGCCCACUUUCAGAACUGAGGGAAUUUUUCAUCUCCGAGUUAAACAUGGCAUGUGCAGAUGUCCGUUUAGGAGAUUUAUUUCACCAUCGCUUGUUACCGAGGAGACGCCACAUUCGGACUUCUGUUUUCUCAAAAAAAAAAAACUGACAGUCUGAAAACCACCGCAGCUCCGACUGACCGAUACGAAUAAGAACACGUUUCAGCUAAUAGCUACAAAAGUUGUUGGCACUAAAAUUUCUUAAAUUCCGAUCACCGACGCGACUCAGAACGUGACCAAACUCGCUAGCGUUGUUAAUUAGCACAUUUUGUUCGUUAUGAAGAAAACAUGAUGAGAUUUUAAGAUGAAAAAUGCACCAAAUCUUCAUCACGCAGAACAAAUCCAUCAGCUCAUAGUCAACGGAUUUAUUUUCGUUUAUUGUUUAGUAAACCGGUUGCAUCUGGUUCUGUUUCCGAUCCCCACAAAUCUCAGCAUUGUGCUCUAUGAUAUUCCUGUGGCCUUUCAAUGUAUUUGAAUAUAUCUAAUAUAUCUCUAUAUAAAUAUAAAUCUAUAUUUUAUGCAGAUAUGCAACAGUGUCCUCCUGAAUAAUUAGCGAGGAUGACCAGGAUUUCUCAUGCUUGAAACGACUUUUUAUCUGUUAGGAAGUUAGCAGCCAAUAAGAAAUGAGGAAAAAAGAAGAGACUCGAGACCGGCCGAUGUGGGAAAAUGUUCGUUUUACUUUCUUUUAAAAGCCAUGUUGUUCCUCAUGAAAUACAAUUAUAAACAAAAAAAAAUCAGCUCAUGAACACAAGUGGAUUAAAAAAGUUAUAUAAUAAUAAUAACAAUAAUAAUAAUAAUAAUAAUAAUAAUAAUAAUAAUGAGAGAAUUCCGACCGUCUCUGAUAAUAAAGUCUAAAUGUUGUUUAAAUCCAAACAAUCAACAAGGAAAAAAACGUAGAGAUUAGAAAUGAAACGAAGGUUAACGUCAGUAAUAGCACAUGCUCGCUUCCUUUCUCUUCUCAACCUUCAGCACAAAAAAAAAAUGAAGCAAAUUUUCCAAAAGAUCAGAAAAACGUCUGCCGUCAUUCGCCGGUCUGAACUAAAAAAAAGCUUUAAAGAUAGAACUAGAAAUUAGCUUCGUGUGUAAAAAUGCUUACUCAUUCAAGACUCUUCUAAUACACGAGCUAGCGCUUUAGCACGUUUACUGUACCGCUACUAUAGACUAGCACGGGAUAGACAUGCUAACACACGAGCUCAUACUGUGUACAUGAGGUUUUAGCUCGUUAAACAUCACAUUGUAUACACGUGUAGAAAGCUUCAGCCUGUUUAACUAAAUGUUAUUUUGCCGCUAACUCAUUAGCCAGCAUCGUAGUGGACAUGCAAAUACCAAAACUAGCGCUAAAACCAAUACCUUGUAUAUGAAGUGUUUAAACCAAGUACAACAGCAGCUUCAGCUUCCCGAUAAACCCUUUAAAUCAUCCAUUCUACUGUAACUUCAUCCCGAAUCCCCUGGCUUUUAUUUCUGAAGUAAAGGGUGAGGAUUACAGCGGCGUACGGUAUCGCUAACCCGCCUCGGCCGACUCGAGUCCAGCAUGAGGAUCGGAGCUGAUUCCUGUAUGAGCUUUGUGUUUAUUGUUUAAUUAUUUAAAUAUAAAUCCUUGAUUUCAAGCUGCUUCUCUGUUGAGGAAUGUUCGUGUCUCUGUAACAUGAAAUAUUUUUCAUCUGUAUUUUUGCCAGAAGCAUCGCAGAUCCUUCGGUUUCUGCGUAACGUUUAUUGUAGCUACAAAAAAAACAAAAAACAAAUGAGAAGUUUGGAGAGAGGAAGAGAAAAAAAUGAGUAAAUAACAAGGUGUGUAUCUUUACCUCACUGAGGACUUUUUCAGGGAUUUUUUGACAAUGCGUCUGCGUCGUGUUACAGCUUCACUAUUACCUGAUGAUCCGCUGGUUUUUUAUGUGCUGUAAACGUUUUUUUUUUGUUUGUUUUUUAAAGAUGCAAUCUAUAUAAUGUGUAUAAAGUGGGCUGGUCACGGGGCAGUGUGACCUUUUCUUGUUCUGAUUCAUGAAGGAUAUGAAAUUGUCCGUACGCGUUGUACAGAUGUACGGAAAGCAACACGAGACAUGUUUAUACAGCAAAUAAAUAUUGAAUUAUUUUUUUGGUUAA